CAGAGAUAUAGAGAAAGACAGAAGAGAAUGGGGAUAGGGGAAAGGAGACUAAAGGCAAGCAUAGGAGUUCUAAAGAAUGAGCAGUAGAGCGGCAGCUGCUGAGAGAAGAGAUUACCUUUAGCCAUGAGACUGAGCCAACUAGGGAAUGUCCAGAAGCACCUGUGCCUUCCUACCUGUGAGCUGUGAGUCAGGGCAGUACUGACAUGUAUGUGCUGGCACACCUGUACAUGAGCAGAAAUGACGCUACUACAGACAUACAAUAGCUGAAAAGAAUAACAGUAAGACCCUCCAGAGAGUAAGAGACAUCUAAAAAGAAACCCGCAGCCAUCACAGUGAUAUUUUCUGAGAAAAAAGACAUUUUAACAAGAAUGGAGCCUACUAUUUAAUAACAAAACACGGAGAGGGGAAGAAUAAGAGGAAACAAAACCAAUUGUCUGUCGCUGACAGUACAUGACUGGCCUGCCCAUCUCCUGCAGCCAUCAUUUGAAAUCAAGGAUCAGUCCUUUCCCAAAGAUACUGUGUUCUGUUUUAUGAAGAUACACGCCACAAAAACAAAAGGCUGAUACCAGAGAAUCUUUACUUACAGACACAGAUUUGUGUAGAGUGCAAUAUCUUACAAAAUGUAAAGCCUAAAGCUAAAAUCAGAUGAAUCCACAUCUAAAAUAAGGCAGAAUGAAAUUUGCAAGUCAAAACAAAUCUUCAGAGAAAUAGUUCCGGAAAUCAAGAGGCAAAGUUAAUUGUUUGCUUUACUCCAAUAAUGACACCAACCUUUCCAACUACCCUUCUUGAGAGCUCCUACAUUGAGUUCAAUGCAACCCUUAAUACCAAUAUUUCAUUUAAUCAGAAUGGGACUUCUCCAGGACUCCUUAUUCCUCUUGUGUAUUUAGUUGUGUGUGCUGUAGGGUUGUGGGGAAAUACAUUGGUUAUAUACUUGGCAUGGCGCAGUCCUGCUGGCCAGAACUCAGUGACUGCCCUCUAUAUCCUUAAUCUGGCACUGGCUGAUGACCUUUUCAUGCUGGGUCUUCCCUUUCUCGCAGCCCAGAAUGCUCUAUCCUACUGGCCCUUUGGCUCACCUGCAUGCCGUCUGGUAAUGACACUAGAUGCAGUCAACCAGUUUACCAGUAUCUUUUGCUUGACUGUUCUAAGUUUUGAUAGAUAUUUAGCUGUAGUGCGUCCAAUUCAGUCAGCCAAGUGGAGAAAACCUAAGGUGGCAAAAUGUGUCAAUGUGACCGUAUGGAUCCUAUCAUUUUUGGUUGUGCUCCCUGUUGUCUUCUUUUCUGGUGUGCCAGGGGAUACUGGGACUUGUCAUAUAGCGUGGCCGGAGCCAGCACAAAUGUGGAGAACUGGUUUUAUUCUGUACACUGCUGCCCUUGGCUUCUUUUGCCCUCUACUUGUAAUCUGCAUUUGCCACUUGCUAAUAGUGGCCCAAGUAAGGUCUUCUGGGAAACGUGUUAGAGUAGCCCCAAAUCGUAGACAGGGGCCUGAACGAAAGGUAACCAAGAUGGUGGCACUGACAGUCACUGCAUUUGUCCUAUGCUGGUUUCCCUUUUAUGCACUGAACAUUAUCAAUCUUUUGUGGCCCCUGCCAGAAAGCCCUAAGCUCUAUGGGCUAUACUCAUUCGUAGUAGCCCUUUCUUAUGCAAACAGCUGCCUCAAUCCAAUUAUUUAUGCUCUCCUAGCUCGUCCCUUCCAGCGAGGCUUACGAAGAGUCCUCUGUAGGACCUCUGUCCGUGUAGCUGAUGGAACAUUGAAAAGAGGAGAUGAUGAGGUGCAAGAAGAACUUAGCAGGGUUAAUGGUAUAUCCCAAGAAGGGAGAAGUGUCAGAACAGACGGCGGAGAAGGAAAUAGUAUAAAAUCUGGAAGUCAGAAUCGUGUUCAACAAGACGUUGGUACAUCUGCACAAAAAUCUCUGCCAGAGGAUCUGGGGGCAUGCGAGAAAGAAAGUAUGCUAAGAAUUAGUUAUUUGUGACACCAAGAGAAAAUUGUAAUAUUUAAAGUAACACUGGAAUCUAAAUUCUGUAAUUUGCUUGUUAAAUCAUCAAGGAUCUCAGUGACCCAUCAUGACAGAAACAAUUACUUUCUUCUACUCAUACUGUUUCUUUAAUGUUACUAUUUUGCGCUUAUUAGCUUUAUAUAACAACAUACCAUACUGGUCCAUGGUUAUCAUAGCUUUGGUAUAUAAACAGUCUAAACCCAACAGGGAACAAUGUAACAAUGAAGAAAAUGGAGACUGAUCAACCCUGUGCGAUAAUAACUGGGAAAUGCUAAUAAGCAAGCUCUGCAGGUCAGAGCCAAAUAACUGCUACCCAAAGUGCUGCAUUGGGACAAUUAUAUGGGAAUUUACAGAAUGGGAAUUAUCAAACCAUUUCACAAUGAAAAAAUGCCAUAUGGUUCUGUAUAAUAGUAUUGGUUUCUUUCACAUUUUCAUUAUAAGGUAAUAACCUAACAUAUGGAAAUUGGUUCCUUUAUACACAGCGCACUCACCCAUGCAAUGUUCUACAAACACUCAAACAGAAUAUUGUGUAUGUCUGCUUUGGUUUUGUUUCUCAUUCUCAAACAAAUGUAAUGGUCAAAUAAAUAUACGUUGAGAAUCA